CGUGAGCUGAGUGUGGGUGUAUUAGAAACUUUCGGAAGGUUUUAAAAUAUGAAUAUUUAUUUAUUUUUAAAUAUUAUACUUUUAUUUUUUGGAGCUUCAAACUGCUACAAAUAUGACACCUUCUACGUCAAUCAAAAGGUGGAUCACUUCUCUUACACAACCGAUGACACAUUUAAAAUGAGAUUUUUGGUAAAUACACAUUAUUUCACUAAAAACAAUGGAUCUGUUUUCUUUUAUACUGGAAAUGAAGGAGACAUUGAAAUGUUUGCAAACAACACUGGCUUUAUGUGGGAGUAUGCAAAAAUGUUCAAUGCUAUGCUAGUUUUUGCUGAACAUAGAUAUUAUGGAAAAUCUUUGCCUUAUGGAGAGUCCUCUUACAAGGAUAAUCAGCAUUUAGGCUAUUUAAGCUCAGAGCAAGCUCUUGCAGAUUUUGCAUAUCUCAUAACUGAGAUAAAACUUAAAAUAAAGGGUACUGCAGAUGCUCCAUUUGUUGCCUUUGGAGGUUCUUAUGGGGGAAUGUUAGCUGCAUGGUUUCGAAUGAAGUAUCCACAUCUAGUUGUAGGUGCUUAUGCAUCAAGUGCUCCAGUUCUGAUGUUCCCUGGUCUAACACCAUGUGGCAAAUUUUAUGAAACUGUAACAAAAGAUUUUAGAAGAGCAUCUACUCAAUGUGAAAAAUCUAUCAAAAUGUCAUGGAGUGUCAUCCGAAAAGUUGGAUCCACAGAAACUGGACGAAAAGACUUGACUGAUAUAUUCAACUUGUGUCAACCUUUAAACUCUUCAAGCAGUAUUGAUGACUUAAUUAGUUGGAUAGUAGAAACAUGGUCAUAUAUGGCAAUGCUUGAUUAUCCUUAUCCAACAAAUUUUCUACUUCCACUUCCUAGCAAUCCAAUAAAGGUUGCAUGCCAGUAUUUGAGCAAAGCACUGGUAGAUGAUAUACAGUUGCUAAGAAAUGUAUUUAAAGCUGCCUCAGUUUAUCACAAUUACACAGGAGAUGUCCCAUGUUUUGACUUUUCUUCUCCUGAAGCCAAAAGUUUGGGUGUGAAAGGAUGGGAUUAUCAGUCAUGCACUGAAAUGGUUAACCCUAUGUGCCAAACUGGACUAACUGAUAUGUUUGAACCUUUGCCAUGGAAUUUCACUCAAUAUUCUGAGAAUUGUUGGAAAAAUUGGAGAACUAACCCUGACACUUCUAAAGGCCUUUACACAUAUGGAGGUAAAAAUAUCAAAGGAGCAAGCAAUAUAAUAUUUAGCAAUGGAGAAUUGGAUCCAUGGUCAGGUCUAGGUGUUCUGGAGAAUAUUUCCCCAUUGCUACAUGCUAUAUAUAUAGAGGAUGCUGCUCAUCAUUUAGACUUAAGAAGUUCAAAUCCAGCAGAUCCGAUUUCUGUUAUAAAUGCUCGUAAACUGUCUUUAACACUUAUACAAAAAUGGAUAAAAGAUGCUCAACAAAGUUAAGAACAGAAAACAGUAAAAUUAUUAAGUUAUUUGCAACAUUCCUUUAGUACUUUUUUCAGAAAUCGUUAAAAUACUUAAUUAAAAAUAUUCCUUAUUAUAUACAAAUGACUUUUUUUGGCAUGCAUCUCUGAUGUCAAAUUCAUUGCAAUGCAUGAUUUUACUGUGAUGUUUUUAAAUUAAAAUAAGGGUAAAAAUUUUAUGUAUUUCUUAAUAAAAUUUUGCAAAUUAUUCAACAGCUGUUUAUAACUAUUUUGUGUACUUUUAUAAUAAAGUUUAC